AUGGGAUACUUCACCAUCCGCCGUGUGGAUUCAUUCUGGGGUGGAAACUUCUCUGAUCAGACCAUUGAAAAGUUCCUGAUGCGGCAGCUGAAAACAUCUAGAGAUAUGACUCGUGGACGUGGAAUCACAGACACUUUCCUUGCCAACAGCAACAAUAAGAUGAGACUUAUACAAACUCUACGUGACAAAAUACGUACCGGUAUCGAGCAGACAGAAACGGAUGCCACUAACCUGAUUGUCUCUGCAGCACAAGCAGUAGCAGAGUCAGAACAGGUGCCCGUUGUUGUCGUUGAACCUCUGAGGACCCGUUUGGUUGGAGGAAUUAGUGGAUCCUUUGAAGGGAGAGUUGAGGUUUACUACCAAGGUGCAUGGGGUACAGUUUGUGACGACGGCUGGGAUUUAGAUGACGCCCACGUCGUUUGUCACACACUGGGAUAUCCACGUGCUUCGGCUUAUUACCACGGCGCAAACUUUGGCGAAGGCACAGGGGAAAUUAUCCUGGAUGAUGUGAAUUGCGAGGGAUCUGAGUCGAACAUCGCUUUCUGUCACCACAGAGGUUACCUUACUCACAACUGUGGGCAUGCUGCAGAUGCCGGGGUCACGUGUGUCGGCACCGUUCCUGUGCGUCUUGUUGACGGGGCUUCAGCCAAUGAAGGGCGAGUCGAGGUGAACUACCAAGGAUCAUGGGGUACAAUCUGUAAUGACUCGUGGGAUAUCAACGACGCUACCGUUGUUUGUCGAAUGCUGGGUUAUCCUGGAGUCUCUUCUGCAUUGGUGAGCUUCGGAGAAGCCACAGGUGAUAUCAUUCUCGACAACGUCGGAUGUGAUGGGUCAGAAACGCACAUCGCACAUUGCACACAUGACGGCUAUGAGAUUCAUAACUGUGGGCAUUCCGAAGACGUUGGUGUGGUUCGUUUGGUCGGUGGAAGAUCUGACAAAGAAGGCCGCGUUGAGAUUCUUUACCUUGGUACUUGGGGGACAGUGUGUGAUGACAACUGGGACCUAAAUGACGCCAACGUCGUUUGCAGAAUGCUCGGCUACGAACGGGCGGAGAACUUCUCCUGUUGCGCUGCCUUUGGACUAGGACCUGGGCCUAUUGUCCUUGAUGAAGUGGAAUGUGAGGAUGAUCUUCAGGUUCGUUUGGUCGGUGGAAGAUCUGACAAAGAAGGCCGCGUCGAGAUUCUAUACCUUGGUACUUGGGGGACAGUGUGUGAUGACAACUGGGACCUAAAUGACGCCAACGUCGUUUGCAGAAUGCUCGGUUACGAACGGGCGGAGAACUUCUCCUGCUGCGCCGCCUUUGGACUAGGACAAGGACCUAUUGUCCUUGAUGAAGUGAAAUGCGAGGGCACUGAACCAAACAUAGUCCAUUGUCGAAGAAGUGGCUAUGAAAACCAUGACUGUGAUCACUUGCAGGACGUUGGUGUCUCAUGCAUCGAAUAUGAAGUGGACCAGGAAUCAUCUACGAAAUUGACAACUGACGGCAGUAAAAUGGGUCAAUCCCGGCCUGCCAGACAUGACAUUGAUAGAUUAUGUCUCUAUGAAGAGAAUUAG